AAUACUUUGGCUUAGUAUAAAUAAAUCUGCUAACUUCAAAUGCAUCUUAGUUAAUGGCAAACCUAACGCCCUUGUAGAAGACGGUUGAUCAAUUUAAGCGGGAUGAAUUCUAUUAUAUACUCAAUUUUGUUGGGACUCGCAGCCAUAAGUUUGGCUACGCUUACAGAAAAACAACAGCAGACACUAAAUUUUAUCAUUGGAAAAUGCGCCGAAGGAGUGGACAUAGAGUUGAACAGUAACUUUACGACACAAUGGGAACACACCGGGGACCUUUUCCCAGAUGAGGAGAAGUCACAGGCAGCGUAUACGGAAAAACAACAAGAGAUGUUUAAUUUUAUAGUUGGAAAAUGUGCUGAAGAACAGGACAUAGAGUUGAACAGUGAUUUUACGGAACAAUGGGAAUAUACAGGAUUUCUUUUCCCGGAUGAGGAUAAAUCGAAAAGAUUCGCCAUAUGUCUCGCGCGAAAGAUAGAUGUGUUGGACGAUGAUGGUAUGAUUAAAACUGAUGUCUUCAUAGGUCUGUUGGCCGAUGGUCACGACGUUCAGGUAUUAACAGAACUUGUCAAUAAAUGCAACACUAACGAAGGAGAUACUAUCGAGGAUAGAGCAUACAAUUUUUACAAGUGCUUCUGGGCUGAAAAAACGUUCGAUAUGUAACGAACAGAUUAAAACAGAGCUUUGAUAAGAAAGAAAAAUAGAAUUCUUAAGGGUAUCUUUCAGAAAUAAAAACGAUCGACAAUAA